AUGAAAAAUAACAUAAUUCAAUAUUUAUCCUAUGCGUCCAUUAUACUUUGGAUCUGGACUGCUCUGUUAUUUAUUUAUUUUCACCCUAAUUAUGGGAACCAGCAGAAGAGAGUCCAGAAGCCUGAAUCAACUUGGUCCCUUGAAAAACAGGUGAAUCAACAAGAUACUAAUGGCCCAGAGCAAAAACCAAAACCAUACUUAAAAGACGAAAGGUCUGAUGAAGCUGAACAUAAAGAACAGAAACCAUUUAUUAAAUUCCCUUUAAACUAUUCGGACCUAGAACUUAUUCAUGGACUUUUAAAAUAUGGAUUCAAUAUCAUUAUCAGUAGAAGCUUGGGAAAGGAGAGAGAUGUGCCAGACACCAGGAAUAAAAUGUGUCUUAAACAACAUUAUCCAAAAUAUCUACCUACUGCCAGUGUUGUUAUUUGUUUCCAUAAUGAAGAAUUUAAUGCCUUGUUUCGGACAAUGUCAAGUGUCAUGAAUCUCACUCCACAGUACAUCCUGGAAGAAAUUAUUUUGGUAGAUGACAUGAGUGAAUUUGAUGAUUUGAAAGAAAAACUAGACUAUCACCUAGAAGUUUUUCGGGGAAAGAUCAAAUUGAUAAGAAACAAAAAAAGAGAGGGGCUGAUCCGAUCGAGGCUGAUUGGAGCAUCUCAUGCUUCAGGGGAUGUUCUGGUGUUCCUGGAUAGCCACUCUGAGGUGAAUAGAGUAUGGCUGGAGCCCUUGCUAUUUGCUAUCUCCAAAAACCCCAAAAUGGUGGUUUGCCCUGUGAUCGAUGUUAUUGAUAACAUGACACUGGAAUACACACCCUCUCCUGUUGUAAGGGGAACUUUCAACUGGAAGCUACAAUUUAUGUGGGAUAACAUCUUCUCCUAUGAGAUGGAGGGACCAGAAGGGCCCACUGCACCAGUCAGGUCACCUGCAAUGGCUGGAGGAAUUUUUGCUAUAGAUAGGCAUUAUUUUUAUGAAAUUGGACAGUAUGACAAGGGCAUGAAUCUUUGGGGAGGAGAAAAUUUGGAAUUGUCACUAAGGAUCUGGAUGUGUGGAGGCCAACUUUUUAUUAUCCCUUGCUCUCGAGUAGGACAUAUCAGUAAGGAACACUUUCAAAAUAAUUUUACAACUAUGAAAUCUCUGGCAUACAACAAUCUAAGAGUGGUGCACGUUUGGUUGGAUGAAUACAAGGAGCAGUUUUUUUUACAAAGACCUGAUCUGAAAUCAAUGAAGUACGGAAACAUUAGUGAGCGUGUUCAAUUAAGGAAGCGAUUGGGCUGCAAGUCAUUCCAAUGGUAUUUGGAUACAGUCUUCCUGGAGUUAGAGGCAACUGUGAAUACCCUAUGA